AUGCUGGCAGAUAAGGUGCGACUCAACCCGGCAACUGCGGAGGCCAAGGUGAAGGUCCCUACUGAGAAGACACACGAACAAGGGUCGGCUGUCAAUGCGAGCAGAUUCUCAGCGGAUGGCCUGGGCAUACUGUUGAUGCAGAAGCAUUGGAUCUACAAAGGAGAGGUCAGGGAUCUCAAAACAGAGUCAAAUAAGAGUUCCUACCACAAGACCUGGUCGCAGUGCAGGCAAAGAACAACGAAGGAACAGACUUCGUCCUGGCAGCGGCCUAGUUUCCGGGAGAGACAACACCCCCAGAGGCCGUCGGUAACCUGGUGGAGUACUGCAGGAGAGAUAACCUGCCCCUCGUCCUUGGAUGCGACGCCAACGCCCAUCACAUGGAAUGGGGCAGCACGGACUGCAACAAACGGGGCCAAUCAGGUUAACUUGCUACUUAAGAUCAUGGAAAAGAUCAUUGACUUCGAAAUACGAUCGAAGGUUCUGAAGGCUGCACCGCUACAUGCGUAG